ACCGAGGAUCAAGAAAAUGCUUUCAAUACUCUCAAAGAAAGACUUAUCACAGCCCCCAUCCUAGCUUAUUCAGAUUUUUCACAAGAAUUUUUCCUUUUCAUGAAUGCAUUGGGUGUCACUUUAGGAGCUAUUCUUUCUCAAAAAGAUCCUCAAGGGAAGGAGCAAGUGAUUCAUUAUGCAAGCAGAACCAUGACUCCAGAAAAGAAAACCUAUUUGAUGACUGAACAAGAGUGCCUAGCCAUUGUUUGA